GGCACGUGAUGGUUGUAGGCUUCGGUGGGUGAGUGGCUCCUAGAAUGCUCGUGUUAUUUCUAGAAUCUCGAUACAUUUACCCGGAACGCCUUCUUGUCCCUUCCAUUUUCCCCGCUGCAAGCGAUCCUCUACAUUAAUUUCGAAUUGCACCCAGAUACUUCGAGAUCCUUCCACCUCCAACUAUAUAUAAGUUGUCAACCCCAUCCCCCCUUCAUCACAUAGCAGAAACAAGCUAAUUCCCAAAGGCGAAAGAUCGAUCUUGUUAUUGUCUGACAUUUAGCAUUCUUCAGUUGAGAAAUGGCUCUGAUUCCGCAAAUCUUCGGCCAGAGGAGCAAUGUCUUCGACCCUUUCUCCCUUGACGUCUGGGACCCUUUUCAGGGCUGGCCUUUCGACUCUUCUCGCUCGCUAGCCGAUCGAUCUCGUGCCAGCGGUGAUCUCAGCGAGACCUCUGCCUUUGCCAACACCCGCAUCGACUGGAAAGAGACCCCCGAGGCCCACGUCUUCAAGGCUGAUCUCCCGGGGAUUAAGAAGGAGGAGGUGAAGGUUGAGGUGGAGGAAGGAAGAGUGCUUCAGAUCAGCGGAGAGCGGAGCAAGGAGCAGGAGGAGAAGAAUGACAGGUGGCACAGGGUCGAGAGGAGCAGCGGCAAGUUCUUGAGGAGGUUCAGGCUGCCCGAGAAUGCAAAGAUGGAUCAGGUUAAGGCGACCAUGGAGGACGGUGUGCUCACCGUGACCGUGCCUAAGGAGGAGGUCAAGAAGCCCGAGGUGAAGGCCAUUGAAAUCUCUGGUUGAAGGAAAAGUAGAAUCAACUGGAUAUGAAGUGUUAGGAGCGAAUCUGAGUCCGAGGUUAUUAUGUGCGUGUAUUAAGUGAAGGGUGUAUGGUACGUAUCAUGUUUGGUUGUGUUUUGAGAGUUUGAAGUAGAAGGUGUCUGAGUUUUGCGCUGCUUGAAUAUUGUAAUGCUGUCAAGGUUGUCUAUUGGAUGUUGGUUCAGUCUCUGAUUUUAGCUGUUAUAUCUUCAUCCUGAGCUCUCGGUAAUUUGUUUGAUUCACAUUCUGAAGUUGUUCUCUGUUGUAAU